UUGAGCUGCACGACGAUGCUCAGUUUGCUGAUGCCAUUGAAUGCAUGGUGUCGUACUUUUACAAUGCCGACUAUGACGCUUCGAAGCACACCAACAACAUGAAGAUACCCGAAGCUCUAGUCCAUGCGCGAGUCAUCAUCAUCGCCGAAAAGUACGCCUGCACUUCUCUGUAUGAACUGGCCAAGACGAGGUUUACCGAGGCAUUGAAAGAGAUUAGUUGCGAUAACUGGGCCAUGAUCGCUACACUCAUCUAUGAGUACACUACCAUGGACGCGAAAGAGCAUGUGAAGUUGCGUCGAAUCGUUGUGCAGGCCGCGGUUAUCACCCGCCGUUUCCGCCCAACUGUGCUCAAGUCAGCUUUGCGGAAGGAAAAAGUUGUCGAACUUCUGCGUGACAAUGCAGACUUGGCGACGGACCUUCUGCUGAUCGGGCGUGAUGGACCCGACGGCACUGCGAGCGAGUCUCCAAUUUGUCUCUUCAUGUGCGAUUUCUGCCACUACGUUCACUUCGGUCUGCGAUCGUGCGAUUUCGCUUCUCAAAUUAAGAUACCAUGUCCUGAAGGUGAUGAAGAAACAGACGAAGGACCAUAUGAAGAUACAUCGACUCCCUCAGCCUCUUGUCCAUACUGUUCGAGUAUUUCAGGGAAGGAAACGAAUAACUUCUGGCACAGGGUUGGUUACUUGACAACCUUCCCUUGCAUUGGCUGUGACGGAGUUUAUACUGCAGAACCUGAUUAUCUGCUUGAGUCGGAAGUCGAAUGA